UUCAGUGCCAUAGCUGGAACGAGCUCGCGGGGAUUCAGAAAAAUCUCUCUCUCUCUCUCUCCUGAUCGAUAGAUCGAUAGAAGAAGACGCAAAAGAGGGUGGGGAGGCACCGUAAUCGGCAUGUAAACGAGGAUGAGAAACUACUUGGAGAUGACCGAACUGGGUAUUGUGGCUUUCCGUUAUCUGGGUUUUGUAAAUAUAGGAUUGGUUGAAGCCGGGAAUUGAGUUGGGGCGGGAUGUCUAUGGUUGACGAGCCACUGUACCCCAUUGCUGUGCUUAUAGACGAGCUAAAAAACGAUGAUAUCCAUCUUAGAUUGAAUUCUAUUAGAAGGCUUUCCACAAUUGCUCGUGCUCUUGGAGAGGAGAGAACCAGAAAGGAGCUGAUUCCAUUUCUUAGUGAAAACAAUGAUGACGAUGAUGAGGUGCUGCUGGCAAUGGCCGAAGAAUUGGGGGUAUUUAUUCCUUACGUAGGAGGAGUCGAGCAUGCACAUGUCCUGCUUCCACCUCUUGAGACUCUUUGCACGGUUGAGGAAACUUGUGUUAGGGAGAAAGCUGUUGAGUCACUUUGCAGAAUUGGUUCUCAAAUGAGGGAAAAUGACUUGGUGGAUCAUUUCAUUCCUCUGGUUAAGAGAUUGGCAGCUGGUGAAUGGUUCACGGCCAGAGUUUCUGCAUGUGGACUGUUCCAUAUUGCAUACCUGAGCGCCCCAGAUAUGUUAAAGACAGAGUUACGAUCGAUAUACGGCCAGCUGUGUCAGGAUGACAUGCCAAUGGUGCGGAGAGCUGCAGCAACCAACCUGGGGAAAUUUGCUGCUACAAUUGAGUCAGCACAUUUGAAGACAGACAUCAUGUCAAUGUUUGAGGAUCUUACGCAAGAUGACCAAGAUUCAGUUAGACUAUUGGCUGUUGAGGGUUGUGCUGCCCUUGGGAAGUUGUUGGAGCCUCAGGACUGUGUGCAACACAUUCUUCCGGUGAUUGUUAGUUUCUCUCAGGACAAGUCUUGGCGUGUGCGCUAUAUGGUUGCAAAUCAGCUCUAUGAACUUUGUGAAGCUGUUGGACCUGAGCCUACUAGGAUUGACCUGGUGCCUGCAUACGUGCGUUUGCUUCGGGACAAUGAGGCUGAAGUUCGGAUAGCAGCUGCUGGAAAAGUGACCAAGUUUUGUCGGAUUUUAAACCCUGAACUUGCUAUCCAACACAUUCUUCCCUGUGUCAAGGAGUUAUCAUCGGACUCUUCUCAGCAUGUUAGAUCUGCUUUGGCCUCUGUUAUAAUGGGAAUGGCUCCAGUCUUGGGUAAGGAUGCAACGAUUGAGCAUCUUCUUCCGAUCUUUCUUUCCCUUCUGAAGGACGAAUUCCCUGAUGUACGCUUGAACAUUAUCAGCAAACUUGACCAAGUGAAUCAGGUUAUUGGAAUCGAUCUACUAUCACAGUCCUUGUUACCCGCCAUUGUAGAACUUGCUGAAGAUAGACACUGGAGAGUACGACUUGCAAUAAUCGAAUAUAUUCCGUUGUUGGCCAGUCAGUUAGGAGUUGGCUUUUUUGACGACAAACUCGGUGCUCUUUGCAUGCAAUGGUUACAAGACAAGGUUCACUCGAUCCGUGACGCUGCUGCAAACAAUCUCAAGCGUCUGGCCGAGGAGUUUGGUCCAGAGUGGGCAAUGCAACAUAUAGUUCCUCUGGUCCUCGAGAUGAUUAACAACCCGCACUAUCUAUACCGGAUGACCAUUCUCCGAGCCAUCUCUCUUCUUGCACCCGUCAUGGGCUCAGAGAUCACCUGCUCCAAACUCUUGCCCGUGGUCAUAACUGCAUCCAAAGACAGAGUUCCAAACAUCAAGUUUAACGUCGCCAAAGUACUGCAGUCACUCAUUCCGAUCGUCGACCAAUCGGCGGUGGAGAAGACGGUCCGACCGUGCCUCGUGGAGCUGAGCGAGGACCCUGAUGUCGAUGUCAGGUUUUACGCUAACCAAGCUAUCCAAUCUGUUGACAAUGUGAUGAUGUCUAGCUAGAGACCUUUCUCUUAUUCUCCGGCCAAUGUUUCUGUUCUCUUUGGUUGGGUUACAGUCCAUCCAUAUAUGCUUAUGUUAGUGUAGUAACCUUUGUCUUGUUUUAAUUUUUGCACGCAUGAAUCGUACGGAGCUUUGUCUCUGCUGCUAAUAUCUGCAUCUCUGUGUUUAUACGAGUUCCGUUACUUUUUUAGUCAUC